AUGAAUGGAAACCCCGAUGAGAUAUCUGCCCUGACUCUGAUGCCCAUGUCUGAAAUGCUGAGGAGGCCAGGUCCUGAGCCCCAGAUCCAGGCCCAAGGACGGCAUUCCGCCUCCCAGGAUAAAACCUGGUGCGGCCUGCAGAGAACCCUGCGCACUCUUGUUGGCAGCUGCGACCCAAUCCGCCAUGGUGUUUCCUGGGACUCCAGCCCUGGGGGGCGCUGCCCCAGGAUCUUAACCUCCCUGCUGCUUCUGGUUGCUACAGCCACCCUCGCUGCUGCCCAAACAACUGAGCCCCCAGCCUGUGGGAGGCCCCAGCGGCUGAGCCGGAUUGUGGGUGGUGAGGACAGCACUGAUGCCGAGUGGCCCUGGGUCGUGAGCAUCCAGAAGAACGGCACCCACCACUGCGCGGGCUCCCUGCUCACCAGGCACUGGGUGGUCACGGCGGCCCACUGCUUCAAGGGCAAUCUGAACAAACCAGCCCAGUUCUCUGUGUUGCUGGGGGCCUGGCAGCUGGGGAACCCCGGCCUGAGGUCCCAGGAGGUGGGUAUCGCCUGGGUGCAGCCCCACCCUGUGUACUCCUGGAAGGAAGGCUCCCGUGCUGACAUCGCCCUGGUGCGCCUGGAGCACUCCAUCCAGUUCUCUGAACGAGUCCUGCCCAUCUGCCUGCCUGAUUCCUCCGUCCGCCUCCUUCCGGACACCAACUGCUGGAUCGCUGGCUGGGGGAGUAUCAAUGAUGGAGUGCCCCUGCCCCACCCUCAGACCCUCCAGAAGCUGAAGGUUCCCAUCAUCGACUCGGGGGUCUGCAGCCGCCUGUACUGGCGGGGAGCUGGGCAGGGAGCCAUCACUGAGGACAUGCUGUGUGCCGGCUACCUGGAGGGGGAGCGGGAUGCCUGUCUGGGCGACUCCGGGGGCCCCCUGAUGUGCCAGGUCGAGGGCACCUGGCUGCUAGCGGGCAUCAUCAGCUGGGGCGAGGGCUGUGCGGAACGCAACCGACCCGGCGUCUAUAUCAGCCUGGCUGCCCACCGCUCCUGGGUGCAGAGGAUCGUGCAAGGGGUGCAGCUCCGCGGGCACUCGCAGGGGAGCGGGCCCGCAGGGCGCCGGGGCCGGACUCUGGGAUCCCCGCACCGUUCAGGGGCCGCUGGGAGCCGCCGGGCUUAGGGAUCUAGGAAGACCCAGCUGUUUCCUCCGUUGUAAAUAAGCCGUCUACCUCCUGGGGGCGACCGCGUGCCGGCACCGGAUCGCCUCGCUGGGAGGCCCCGCCCGGCCCGGGGCUCAGGCCCCACCUCCUGGGCCGGGAGUGCCUUUGUGUAUAUACAUGUUAAUUAUUUUUACAGUUGUUUGUAACCCUGCCCACUUAUCUUAUUUAUUCCUCCAAUUUCAAUAAAUUAUUUAUU